GCUUUCUUUUCUUGUUUACGAGGGCGUCUUUGCGUGUUUCUAUUUUAUUUCUUUCUGGUUUUUUUCUUUGCUUGUUUCUCUCUUUUGGAUCUGCAAUAUCUGUUGCCGCUAGUGUGUAAUCCUUUAUCUUGGAAUAUAAGGCAGAUCCAUUAAUUGCUGCUUACUUGUUUAGUGGAAAUCGUAGGCGCUAUGAUCUUCACUGACCAGUGGCUACUCCCAUCAUUACCCGGGGGGGGGGGGGGGGGGGGGGAAUAGUGAUUCAAGGAAGGCUUCCUUUUGUAUUGUGAAUUCCUUGAACCCGGGAUUCUUUGUCCCGGAAACCCGUUGCCAAUAAAUAAAUAAAUAAAGUCCUUGUGCAAGUUGUGACAGGUUUACUUCUUUUUGGGUACAUCGGUUUGAAGUGGUUCUGUUUACAAACUAGGUUUUAUAGGAACUAUUGCAGCAGUCAAGAAAUUCAAAUCGGGGAAAUGAUAUCCAACCAUGAUGUAAGACAGGAACGACAAUUGUGAAGUAAAUGAAAUCUCCCUGUAUUUGUAGAGUAUGGCGUGUUUUCAGGUAAGGACAGGCAAAAAGGACUAAAUUACUUGUGUCAUAUUGAAUAAGCCUUUGCAGUAGUUGAUUUUAUAGGAGUACCAAAAUAAGCAAUGUGAGAACAAGUGUUUUGUCGCAAAGAGGUCAUUUUUAUAUCCUCAAACUUGGCCAUAGACCAUUGUAACAUUGUUGUUUGAGCAUAAGAGAGGACGUGGGGUUAUUUGAUACUUUUUUUACCUUAGUCUUAUGUAUCUCAUCAUAUGUUAGGUCUGUGCUUCUGACCAAACAGGAAUGUAUUGAACAUGCUUCAUUUCGGGGCAUCUCUGGCCUUAUGGUAAGGUUCAUAUCUAAGCUUAAAGAUGUCCAUCAUAUCUAAAGGCACCCAGGACAUUAGCUCCUUACUGCAUACUGCAUGAGGAUUGAUUUCAUUGGAGGAUGAAUACAUAAAUAUUUCUUAUUGAGGGAUGAAGCCUAUGCCAUACUCCAUCUAGCAGCUACCUUGUUCACGGUGUGGAAUCCCAGAAGGCUGAGUUCAAGGUGGUUUAUGGAUUGGAGCUCCUUUUGCGACAGUUGUUUUCCAGGUUCAGUGGAUAUAGAAUGGUGCUGGGAGAAAAGUCGAUCCCAUUAAGUGUAUAGCAAAAGGAAAGUCUGUGAAGCAUUUGCAAAUGGCUGCAGCCGGUAACUCUGAUUUGGAACCCAUCCAACAACCUCAACUAACAUCUGAUAAGAAUAUGCCAGUGGCAGAUGCAGAAAUCUCCAAUCUGGAAGCCAUUCAAAAACCUGAAGUUAUAUACCGCUGUAAGAAAUGUCGGAGAAUUGUUGCUGCGCAGGAUAACUUAGUUCCCCACAAUCGUGGUAAGGGAGAAUCAUGCUUCAAGUGGCAAAAGAGAAGCGGUGAUGCCUGGGGAAAGAAAAAGGAACCCAUUGAGUGCACUUCCAUUUUUGUGGAGCCCAUGAAAUGGAUGGAAGCAGUGCAAGAUGGUUAUGUGGAAGAGAGACUUCACUGCAUUGGCUGCAAAGCACGCUUGGGUUACUUCAACUGGGCAGGCAUGCAGUGCAGCUGUGGAGCUUGGGUUAAUCCUGCGUUUCAGCUGCACAAAAGCAGAUUAGAUGAGUGCCCUAUAUGAGGAUAGCGACUCUUAUUCCUUUUAGAGUAGUCGGAAGUUCUAGUAAUUAUGCAAGCAAGAGAGUCUAAACUUUCUGUUUUAUAGAUGGUUGUAAAUAGUUUAUAGAAGUUGUUUUGUUAUGGUUCCUAUAAGCGUUUAGCCUGUCUGGAUGACUCAUGUAGAUGUUCAAAAUGGGCCUACCCUUACUGAAUGCUAGCCACUUGAUUGGAAUGAUGCUGAAGCUGAUUAUUAAGAACCUUUUAUCAGGAUCUUCUCCAUCUUAAAUGAGUUGAUGCCUUAUAAUAUAGCCUAGUUAUUACACAACAAACUUAUGUGGCAUUGCUCAUUAAACUACUCUUUUAUUUUAUUUUAUUUUAUUUUUAUCUGUAUUGGAAAUAUUUUGUUAUUAUAUAGAAAUUAUGCCUUUAUGGUUUCUCUUGAA